AUGGCAGAUCAGCGCAGCAGCAGUGUGAGACUCAGGAAGGACAAAGUGAUGGAGAAGCAGGAGAAGAAGGUGGAGAAGAACCCCACUGAAGAUGCAGUGAACGGAGAUGAAGCUGCUGCCAUCAACGGUGCCACAGAGCAGGAGAAUCAGGAGCUGCCACCGUUUGAGAUCAUUACAGGGGACCGAAUCGAUCCGUUCUUCUUUAAGUUCCAGUUUAAGAACGUGGAAUACUCGUCAGGCAGGAACAAAACCUUCCUCUGUUACCUGGUGAAUGAGGUGCGCGGUGCCGGUGACGAGGCUAUACUGCGGGGUUUUGUGGAGGACGAGCACGGUGCCGGUGAUCACGCCGAGGACGCCUUCUUCAACCUGGUACUGCCGAACUACAACCGCUCCUUCAGCUACAACCUCACCUGGUAUGUGUCGUCCAGCCCGUGCCCCGUGUGUGCCAUCAAGUUAGCCGAGCUGCUGCGAGAACGUAAGAACCUGCGCCUCACCAUCUUCUCGGCCCGCCUCUUUCAGUGGGAGGAGCCUGAGGUGAGGGCGGGGCUGAAGGUGCUGUCGGAGGCGGGGUGUAAACUUCGUGUGAUGAAGCCGCUGGAUUUCUCGUACACGUGGGAGACCUUCGUGGAGCACGACGGACUGCGAUUCGAACCGUGGGACGACUGUCAGGAGAACUACGAGUACUACCAGGAAAAACUCGCCGAAAUUCUGGAGUGAGCACAAGAUUGGACUGGACUUGGAUUUGCAGACCACAGAAUCACAAGUUCCCAGUGUGUGUGUGUGUGAGAGAGUGUGUGUGUGUGUGAGAGUGUGUGUGUGUGUGUGUGUGUGUGUGUGUGUGUGAGUGUGUGUGAGUGUGUGUGUGUCCAUCUGAAAGAUUUCAUUUUGUACCUUUUAAUUUCACUCAGAAAACCAUCAAGUGUUUUAUAAUAUAAAAAGAUCAAAUAUUAAGAUCUUAUUGCUGUGAUAUGUUGAAUUUUAUUUGUACUGAUUUGUCUGCACAGAUGAUGAAAUAUUGUUUUAUAUUCAGUUUCACUACCUCUGAAUUUCACUUCUGUUUACCGCACGUGUACAUGAGCAGCUCAGUAUCAUUACUGUACAUGUUAUUAUAGGUUACAGUGUUAUCAGUACUGAAGAGGAGGCGACUCGUUCUCCUGGAGCUGGGUUUAUUCUUCAGACUCACAUCUGAUGCUGCUUCCUCAGACUCUUCCAAAGAAACGACCUCAGCAGACAUGUUCCUUACUCAGGCACGGUUCGGUUCUCCUGUAUGGAACACUGUAUGUAGUUACUGAGGGAAAUGUCAGCUGCUAUGGUGCUAGCUUUAUAUUACAGUAAAUAUAUAAAAUUUUUAAAGCAGUUAUGUUUAAUGCACAUCACUUCACUCAGACUGAUUAUUCUUAUUCUCAUUUUACAAUG